AUGGAGCCAGGAGAGAGGCGCCCUCAGCGGAUAAGGCAAGUGCUGCUUUUCUUUGUUUUCCUGGGAGGGUCUUUGGUGUGUUCAGAGCCCUGGCGCUAUUCUGUGGCAGAGGAAAUGGAGAUCGGCUCCGUUAUAGCCAAUGUGGUGAAAAACAUAGGUUUGGGUGUGGAAGACUUGGUUGCACGGGGGGCGAGAGUCAUCUUUGACGACUAUAAACCAUAUUUACUGUUGGAUCAGCAGACUGGCAACUUGCUCUUAAACGAGCAACUCGACCGGGAGGCUCUUUGCCAUCUCACAGAGCCAUGUAUAUUGUAUUUCCAGGUAUUAUUUGAAAAUCCUUUACAAUUUUUUCGGGCUGAACUUUGGGUUAAAGACAUAAAUGAUCAUACUCCUGCCUUCCUAGACAAACACAUACUUCUGAAAAUCUCAGAAAGUACUGCUCCAGGAACCUCAUUCCAAAUGGACAGUGCUCAGGACUUGGAUGUAGGAAAAAAUGGUGUCCAAAACUAUACAUUAAGUCCCAAUCCUUAUUUCCACCUUAAAUUACAAGCCAGUGAUGAUGGCGGAAAAUACCCAGAGCUGUUACUGGACCAAUUUUUGGAUCGAGAAAAGGAGCCCGAGUUUAGAUUAACGCUAACAGCCUUGGAUGGCGGGUCUCCGCCCAGGUCUGGAACUACACUGGUUCGUGUUUUGGUUUUAGAUAUCAAUGACAAUGCUCCAGAGUUUGAGAGUCCUGUCUAUGAGGUUCAGGUACCAGAAAACAGUCCUGUGGACUCCUUGGUCGUCAGGGUGUCUGCUACAGAUUUGGAUGCAGGAAUAUAUGGAGAACUAUCUUACUCAUUUUCCCACGUCUCCACAGACAUACGGAAAACAUUUGAAAUCCAUCCAAUUUCUGGUGAAAUCCAUUUAAAAGCGCUUCUGGAUUUCGAGUUAAUUCAGUCAUAUACAAUAAAUAUUCAGGCCGUUGAUGGAGGUAGCCUUUCUGGUAAAUCAGCAAUUUUAGUUCAGGUUGUGGAUGUGAAUGACAACGCACCCGAAAUAGUCAUGACAUCUCUUACCAGCCCCAUACCUGAAAAUUCGUCACCUGAAAUGGUGGUCGCUAUUUUUAGCGUACGAGACCAAGAUGCUGGGGACAACGGGAAGAUGGUGUGCUCCAUUCAGGAUGACCUCCCCUUUCUCUUGAAGCCUACCUUCAAGAAUUUCUACACCCUGGUAACAGAGAUACCACUGGACAGAGAGAGCCAGGCCGAGUACAACAUCACCAUCACC